GAACAAAUCAAAUCGAAGGAAAGAAACUGCCGGCUUUCAAAAUCCUCCUCCUCCGCCAUCAUCCGCCGCCGUGCGGAGAGCAGGUGGUGUGGGAGACGCGAGUGGCUAAGAGAUCCGGGAACGCGACAAGCAGGCUGACUGGGCAUUGGGACCGCUGGGCCCGGGGACGGCGACCGGACCGAACCUUACCGGACCCUAAAUCCGUCUCCACCAAGCGCGGUGGACGCGCGCGAUCGGGUCGUCCCACGCGGCGGCGCUGCCUGUUUACGUUUGCAGGUCUCCAGGGAAGCCAACCAUCGUGGCCAGUAUGGCCUCUGAAGACAUUGCCAAGUUGGCAGAGACCCUGGCCAAAGCCCAGGUGGCUGGAGGACAGCUGAGUUUUAAGGGCAAGAGCCUCAAACUGAAUACUGCAGAAGAUGCUAAAGACGUAAUUAAAGAAAUUGAAGACUUUGAUGGCUUGGAAGCUCUGCGCUUAGAGGGCAACACGGUGGGCGUGGAAGCAGCCAGGGUCAUCGCCAAGGCCUUAGAGAAGAAAUCCGAGUUGAAGCGAUGCCACUGGAGCGACAUGUUCACGGGGAGGCUGCGGUCCGAGAUCCCGCCAGCCCUGAUCUCACUAGGGGAGGGACUCAUCACUGCCGGAGCCCAGCUGGUGGAGCUGGACCUAAGUGACAACGCAUUCGGGCCUGACGGUGUGCGUGGCUUUGAGGCAUUGCUCAAGAGCCCAGCCUGCUUUACCCUGCACGAACUCAAGCUUAACAACUGUGGCAUGGGCAUCGGUGGUGGCAAGAUUCUAGCAGCAGCUCUGACUGAGUGUCACCGAAAGUCCAGUGCCCAAGGCAAGCCGCUGGCCCUGAAGGUCUUUGUGGCUGGCAGGAAUCGUCUGGAGAACGAUGGCGCCACAGCAUUGGCAGAAGCUUUUGGGAUCAUUGGGACUCUGGAGGAGGUCUACAUGCCACAGAAUGGGAUCAACCACCCUGGUGUCACAGCACUGGCCCAGGCAUUUGCCAUCAACCCCUUGCUGCGGGUUAUCAACCUGAAUGACAACACUUUUACUGAGAAGGGUGCAGUGGCCAUGGCUGAGACCCUGAAGAUCUUGCGGCAGGUGGAGGUGAUCAAUUUUGGUGACUGCCUGGUGCGCUCCAAAGGGGCCAUUGCCAUUGCAGAUGCCGUCCGUGGUGGUCUGCCUAAGCUGAAGGAACUGAACCUGUCGUUCUGUGAAAUCAAGAGAGAUGCUGCCUUAGCUGUUGCUGAGGCUGUGGCAGACAAGACUGAGCUGGAGAAGCUGGACCUCAAUGGUAACACUCUGGGAGAAGAGGGCUGUGAGCAGCUUCAGGAGGUGCUAGAUGGCUUCAACAUGGCCAAGGUGCUGGCAUCACUCAGUGAUGAUGAGGGCGAGGAUGAUGAGGAUGAGGAUGAGGAAGCUGAGGAAGAGGAAGAGGAGGAAGAAGAGGAGGAGGAAGAGGAGGAAGAAGAGGAGGAAGAAGAAGAACCACAGCAGGGAGGACAAGGAGAGGAGCCAGCCACACCCUCAAGAAAGAUUCUGGACCCUAACAGUGGAGAACCAGGUCCUGUGCUGUCCUCCUCGCCUCCCGCAGAUGUCUCUGCCUUCCUGGCAUUCCCCUCCCCAGAGAAGCUGCUGCGCCUUGGCCCCAAGAGCUCCAUGCUGAUAGCCCAGCAGACUGAUACAUCCGAUCCUGAAAAGGUAGUCUCUGCCUUUCUGAAGGUGGCAUCUGUGUUCAAGGAUGAAGCCUCAGUGAGGGCAGCGGUGCAGGAUGCAGUAGAUGCCCUCAUGAAGAAGGCUUUCAGCUCCUCGUCCUUCAACUCCAAUGCCUUCCUCACCAGUCUCCUGGUCCACAUGGGUCUACUCAAGAGUGAAGAUAAGAUCAAGGCCAUUUCUAACCUCUAUGGCCCACUGAUGGCACUGAAUCACAUGGUACAGCAAGACUAUUUCCCCAAGGCCCUUGCACCUUUGCUGCUGGCAUUUGUGACCAAGCCCAAUGGUGCCCUGGAAUCCUGCUCCUUUGCCCGUCACAAUCUCCUGCAGACACUGUACAAGGUCUAGACUGAAAGCUGGCCUCUACUUAUCCUUCAGCCUGCACCAGUGAUGGGGGAGACGCAAAUGAACUGAGCUACAGCUUGCGGUCCUCUUGGAUAGGACUCUGACCAGAGAUAGGGAGGGUCUUUGUCUCAUGUGUUUUGUCAGUUUCCCAAGUAUGUGUCAGUUUGGUGCGUGUGCCAGGUGUUUGCUUCCUGUAGGGAUUGAGGUUUUUCGUGUCUCCCUCCCUGUUGGACUGGCCCUGGUCUGCCAUGUGUUGGCCCCCAGGAUAAAGGGCUGCAAGCUGCUUUGCCAUUAAACUCACUGCCAUCUCAGGGCACUCUGCUGAUCUGUGACUCAGGCCUGAGGCUCUGGUGGCUAUCCCACCUCACCUGCCUUCCUACCCACUCCUGGGCUGCACUAAAACCUGAGAAGUUGCAGUCCAUGUGCUGUGUCACAGUUGGGUUGUUUCCUGCCCAGCCUGAGCCUGCAGCAACUGCCAUCCUUACCAAUCACACUGCUGUGCUGGCCGCUCCUCUUAAGAAGAGACUGCCAGCAGGGCUAUGGGGCUGUCAGCAGAGGGUGAGACCCUGGCCCCACCUCAUGAACCAGAAGAAAGCCAGAUGGCUGACCCUGGAUGGUCCAGGAGCAGGGAUGGCCUGGGGCUGCACUGGCUCCUGUGCCUAGUGGGGGCUGAGCCCAAGGCGCAUUUUGGCAGGCCCAGACCUAUUCUUUAUCCUGGAGGAAGAUGGGCUGGGUAGGUGAUGCCCUGUGACCUCCUUUAGCGGCUGUGACCACCUUGUGCUUUCCCCUUUGUGCUGUGUGUCUGGGCUGUGCCUGGUUGCUUCACAAAUAAAGUCAUGUGGUAGCUAUGGAGACUAAGAAACUUCUUUCACCUAAAUCGGGACAUUGCUGGGGAUCAGAAUAUAGUGUCCCACCUGUCAGAGGGGCAGGCAGUCCUGCAGAAGAGCUGGUAUUAGCCUGUUGCCAUCACCUGGGGAAAAGGGGGAGGGUUUU